GUCCGACCUACGGUGGCAGUUAAUUAAUUUCUUAAUUACUGUGCGUUCUUUGGCUUGCUUUUUACUCGUUUUUUCUUUGUGAAUUUUGUUCGAGUGACAACUGAGUAGAGAAAGUGACGCGACGGCAGUUUUUGGACAGUUUUGGGUGAUGAAUAGGAACCGUGAAUCAUAUCAUUUGGAAAUAAGUACAUCGUGAAAAUACUGUUUUCAAACCUUUUGUUUCGGCCGCUGCAAAUGCCCGCAAGCGCAAUGUUUUCCAAAUUCAAAAGCGGCGCAGGCGCCCAAAGUCCAUUAGACAAUAAUCCUAUUGGGCAAUUUUUUGAAAUUGGAAAGCAAGUGGCUAGCGCUGGCCCCGAAUUGGUAUGGAAAAUUCAUGACGCCUAUAGGAAAAGCGACGGAAAGGAAUGUUCAGUUUUUAUAUUCGAAAAGCGCUGUGCCGAAAAGCUUCACAAACCGAAACGAAAAGAAACCGUGACUGAAAUCCUUCGAAGUUCGGUGCGUCAAUUAGAGAGAUUCCGACAUCCGAAGAUACUUCAUGUGCUACAUCCGACCGAGGAGUGUUCCGAAACGUUAGCGUUCGCUUCGGAGCCGGUGUAUGCGAGCUUAGCGAACAUCCUGGCGUUCCAGGAGAACAGUAACCAUCAAGGAAGCGUACCGACGACGGGCGCCUCCCAGCAGCUUCCAACUCAGAAACCCCCAAAUGCCAGAGAAUAUCAUUUUCUGGAUAUAGAAUAUAAAUAUGGAAUUUUACAGAUAACAGAGGCGUUGUCAUUCCUUCAUUACUCUGGACACGUGUUGCACAGGAACGUAUGUCCCGCCAGCAUACUGGUAACCAAAAAGGGAACGUGGAAACUGGCAGGUCUGGAAUUUACAGAAAAGGUAAAUGAUGUCGAUGGUGUAGAACCGGUUUCAUGUCAACCGUGGACAUCAAGACUUUCAAAAAUGGCUCAACCGAAUUUAGAUUAUAUGGACACGCCCCGUUUGUUUCCGAUUUUGACCCUCAUGUUUUAUUCUUUCAGCGAUUCGUCAGUGCACGCUUUACAAUUUUUGGAUGUUAUCAACAUGAAGGAUCCCACACAGAAGGCCCAUUUUUACAGGAAUACCCUCAAAGAGGCGCUACCCUACAUACCUAAAAAAUUAAGGUACCAGCACGUUUGGCCGAGCUUACAACAAGAAAUGAAGACUCAAGAGGUUCUUGCUGCCGUUUUACAGCCGAUUUUUUAUUUAAUUCAAGAGUCGACAAUUGAGGAAUACGAGUCCACAAUUCUUCCGUCCUUCAGAAACGUUUUCACUGCUCCCAAAUCGAUCCAGGCCACGGUUACUCUAUUAGAAAAUUUGCAUAUAAUUUUAGAAAAAACUCCAAGAGAUGGGAUUCGAAGCGAAGUCCUACCCGUUUUAUACAACGCUUUCGACAGCUCCACGAUACAAGUGCAGAGUGCAGCGUUAGUGGCAGUAACGAAUGUGUCUGAAUACCUGGACGAGACAGCAAUAAGAAGAAUGGUUCUUCCAAAGACGAAAAUGGUUUACGAGAAAAAUCAAGGCGACCUAAAGAUUGUCUCGAACGUUUUGUCGUGUGUCGAAAAAAUACUGGAACGUCUCGAUAAAAGCCAAAUAAUAGACGAUGUUCUUCCUCUUUUGUACGACGUUAGACUUUCGGAUCCUCAAAUUAUCCUUCGAGUAGUAAAUAUAUAUCGAAUAAUGUUGUGCGACAAGAAAUACGGACUGACAGUGAACUUAAUGGCAACAAAAGUGAUGCCAUCGUUGUUGCCCCAAACGGUAAAUCCUUCGUUAAAUUUGGAACAGUUCACCAUUUUGUUAGAAGUUCUUCAAGAGAUGUUGGACCAAAUAGAUAGGAACCAGAGGAAUAAAUUGAAGCUGGACAACCUGUCCUUGCCCAGUCCCGAACGUCAUAGGCCUUUGAGACACCAAUUCAGCUCAGAUAACAUGCACGUUCCUCCAUUCAACAUCCCCAAUUUGAGGAUAGAACAGAGAAAGACUUCCAGUGCUGAAGAUAUGGCCAGGAAAAACUCAACAGGCGGAAUGCUGGGAGGUUGGUGGUUUGGAGCAUCGCCAUCAUCGCCAGACAGCAAUUUUUUGCGCGUCGUGAAUGCAUUCCCGAACAGGCGCCUGUCAGACAAUACGCUAAUGACUCCAAAAAUAAGAAUUGCACCGUCGUGCGCGUCGUCACCUGGAGGUACUCCCGGCGGAGGUCUUCCAAUACGAAGACACUCAAGCAUAGGACCUCAAGAACGACGCGGCUCCACCGUUAACCUGUCACCCCCUACGGGCGCGAUAGGCUACAGCUCAGUAUCAAGACAGGGCUCGAGCCUGUCGGUGCCGUCCACAUACCUUGCACGGAGCAUGAUAGGAGGCUCAAUGCCAAACACUAGCAGCAGCGUGCCCUACCUUCUGAGCAGUAGCAUGCAGAGCAUCCGAUCACGUAGGGCCUCUGGAGUAUUGGGCGGCUCGCAGGGAUCGGGCCUCUUGCAGCAGCUCGGCUCGGGCAUGGUAAGACUAUCCCCAUCACACCAUCAAGCCAUCGGCAGAACAAUGUCUAGUAGCACAGUUAGGAAAUGUCCUUCCUUGAACAUUACAUUUAGUUGAAUGUACUACAACUUAUUUUCUGGCAGCCGCCAGUAAAGGACCUCCUACUGACGAUGACCUACGAACGUUUAUUUAUUAUUGUUUAUGUUGGGAAAGUUCGGGACACGUGAGAUGGCACCACCCUCUAAUGACAAUCUUCACCAAGACAGCCCAUUGGUCGCACCCCUCCCAGCUUUGCGUGAUAAUUUACAAAAAAAAACGAUUAUUAUUAAUACCAUUUUAUUUCCAUAAUAAUAUGACAACAGACUGGCACUGGACGUCAUUUGUGUAGCUGACCACUAAUUGUGGGCUUAUCAAUCUUUAUAACGUCUUUGAUUAACUAAAACGUUUUUGUUGGUCAGAAUCAGGUAAAUUGCGAUUUCAGAUUUGCUUGUUACUGGUUGAUAACAAGAAACAAGUAAAUUCCAUUUGUCGGGCUUUAGCGUGCUGAUGAGAACAAAUAGAUUAGAAACCGUGAUAAGACACUGACUGGGAGCAUUUUACUUUAUUGAAUUCGAUUAGCUACGUUGUGGGUUCUGUUUUGGUUAAAAUGGAAGACUUUGUGAACAUUCAUGAACCCAGAAUUAGUAGCAAAUCUCACAAAUGAUGUUCGGUGUCUGUCUAUGGUUCUUUAUUAACAUGGCUUAGCUUGGUCAGUAUUCCGUCGAAACGACUUGUGGCGUGCUGAUGAGAACAAGUAAGUUUGUAGUAGUAAACUGGUUGUUUCGGUAAAAUACUGAUCAAGAACUUAAUGUAGCUACUUUUGUUUUGGUUUUCCCAUGUUUACAAUUACUCAAAGAAAAUACUCGCUCUUGAUCCUCGAAGUCCAUUGCUAGGUGAAAUUGUGGAUAAUCAAUUUGCAUGCCUUAUCGUGGAUUUUAUUCUGUUAUUUAUUUGACCUGUCAGCCUUAUACCAUACAAAGAUACAUACAUAAGUGUAUAUUCCAUUUUGACAAUCACUUUUACCUUUUAACAUGAAUUUCCUUGUUAUUAUAGAACACGAGCGUUUUUGCAUGCAGCACAUUUCUCAAGUAACCACUGACACUAACUAACUAAGUAAGUAGCCAAUUUAUUAUAAUUAUUUUUACAUUUUUUUUAUUGGUAGACACACCAACAACUUGCAAACAUACAUACAUACAUUAUAUAGGUAUACAUACAUAGAUAUAUAAAUGAUACGGUUUACUUGUCUUCUCCUGAAUAUUCAUGUAUGUAUUUUGAUUAUUCUACUCUGUGAUUUCUUCUACAAAAUUGCCUAUUUUUCCUUCUAUAAUGGUUGUGCUAUUUGCUCAAUGUUAUGCAAAGAAAAGCUCUCGAAUUUUUAAAGGGAGUCUUUUUGAUUCUUAACGUUGGAACUCUUUGAAUGCAUAAGUAAGACUUCCAAAAAAUAAAAAAUAAAAAAUUAAUGAAACGGUGUCGAGUCCACCAAUAAGACAAUCUUAUUAGUGACUUUAUUACAUGUUAAAUUUUGAAAUUUAUAUUACAAUAUUAUUGUAGUACUUACUACUACGUGCUAAUACUUACCUUCGACUGUCCUUUAGAUUAAUGAGAGAAAAAACACAGUAUCAGUUACUAUUUGACAUUUGUAAUUGUAUAAAGUGUGUACUUAAAAAUACCCUUUGUCAUUUCAAAGACUACAAUAUUAUAUUAUGAUAUUAUUGUCAGUAAGUGUGAAUGGAAAAACGCAAGUUAAGUACAAAGGAAAAUUCGUUAAUGGCAAAGAUUAAGUAUAAAGAGACUCUUCUAUAUGACUGUAUACACACUGCAAAUAAAGAAUUUAUUUAAAUAAUUAGAUUUUCAAUACAGUUAUGAUUCAAAAAUCAGUUGCAGU